AUGUCAUUCUGAAUGAAUUAACACAUUCUCACGAUUCUUUUCUAUUUUUUAUUUUCAUUUUAACUAUUAACGUUUGCUCCAAUCAUCGUAUAAUUCGAAAAAUAAAAUACAUAUAGUAGCAUUUGAUAUCUUUCUUACUAGCACUAAAGAAUAUGGUGAAGUGGAUUGGGAUUGCACCUCUCUAACUUAAAUAUGUAUGGGGCCGGUGCAGGAGGAAUCGUUUCAUCGACUGUUCCGUAAUUUGAAAGCAGAGGACAAGUAUAAAAAGCAGAGUAAAUAUGCAUGGGGCCGGUGCAGGAGGAAACAACUGCGAUAGAUUACGUGAUGGAAGCUGCUUCUGCACACUUUUCUGGUCUCCGAUUUGAUGGACUUCUCACUUCUGCAUCAUCAUCAUCAUCUUCUCCACGUGCUUUUCCUACACCUACUCCCCUUGAUAACACCCCUAAACAGCCUUUCGUCAUUGGGGUUUCUGGAGGUACCGCAUCAGGAAAGACUACGGUGUGUGACAUGAUCAUCCAACAACUUCAUGAUCAUCGUGUUGUGGGGGUCAAUCAGGAUUCAUUCUACCGGGGCUUGACGGCAGAAGAAAUGACACGUGUCCAUGAGUAUAAUUUUGAUCACCCAGAUGCUUUUGACACUGAGCAGCUCUUAGAGUGCGUUGAGAAGUUAAAAUCUGGGCUGUCGGUCCAAGUUCCAAUAUAUGACUUUAGAACCCAUCAAAGAUGUUCAGAUAGCUUCCGCCAGGUGAAUGCAUCUGACGUUAUCAUCUUGGAGGGUAUUCUUGUUUUCCAUGACGCACGUGUUCGCAAUCUGAUGAGUAUGAAGAUUUUUGUUGAUACAGAUGCUGAUGUGAGGCUUGCUCGUAGAAUAAGACGCGACACAGUGGAGAGGGGUAGAGACAUAAACUCAGUAAUUGAACAGUAUGCGAAGUUUGUCAAACCUGCUUUUGAUGAUUUUGUUCUUCCUUCAAAGAAGUAUGCUGAUGUUAUCAUACCUAGGGGUGGUGAUAAUCAUGUUGCUAUUGAUUUGAUUGUCCAACAUAUUCGCACAAAGCUUGGUCAGCAUGAUCUUUGCAAGAUAUAUCCGAAUGUGUAUGUUAUUCAGUCAACUUUUCAGAUUAGAGGUAUGCAUACAUUAAUUCGAGAUAAAGAAAUUUCAAAGCAUGACUUUGUUUUUUAUUCUGAUCGUCUUAUUCGUCUGGUUGUGGAGCAUGGUCUUGGCCAUUUGCCCUUCACUGAGAAGCAGAUAGUCACUCCAACAGGGUCGGUAUACACUGGUGUUGAUUUUUGCAAAAAGUUGUGUGGGGUAUCAAUUAUUCGAAGUGGUGAAAGUAUGGAAAAUGCACUUCGUGCUUGCUGCAAGGGUAUUAAAAUUGGGAAAAUUCUGAUCCACCGUGAUGGUGACAAUGGGAAACAGCUUAUAUAUGAAAAACUUCCAAAAGACAUAUCAGAGCGGCAUGUCCUGCUCUUGGAUCCGGUACUUGCUACAGGUAAUUCUGCUAACCAGGCAAUUGAACUGCUCAUACAGAAAGGAGUUCCAGAAUCCCACAUUAUUUUCCUAAACCUCAUCUCUGCACCCGAGGGAAUACAUUGUGUCUGCAAACGAUUCCCGUCCUUAAAAAUUGUCACGUCGGAGAUUGAUCUGAUGUUAAAUGAAGAGUUCCGUGUCACACCAGGUUUGGGAGAGUUUGGUGAUCGUUACUUUGGCACUGAUGAUUGAUACUACGCAUUGUGCAAAGAGUCUCAAGAUUGAUGUACUCCAGAAUUGGAACUUUAGCACCCUCGAAAUGGGGAUCUAUGAUCUGUGUCUUCUUCUGGUUUAUUAUCAACUGUUUCAGCACAAGUAUAGAGAACACUCAAUACUGGAAAUUCUUAAUGCUUAUUGGCCGAUGUAAAAUCUAAACGACCGCUUGCUAUACUCAAGCACAUAUUACUAAUGAGACAUGCAUCUCUUUUUAA